AAAGCUUGGUAGGUCUCUAGACUCAUUUUUCUCAAAAGGCACACGUUUGGUGACGGAGGUGUGAGCAAACUUUGAUUCCUAGUUCGGCGUAUCUAUCAUCUAAUCUAACUAUACCCAAAAUCUGAAAAAGGUCUUCUCACUAACCCUUUGCAAGCAAACAUAAAUCUCCUAUUGAGCAUCAAAUCAAAUAAAUCAAGAAGAAGAAGAAGAAAUCUAGCAGUGAUGGCGUAUGUGGAUCAUGCUUUCUCAAUUUCAGAUGAGGAUAUGAUGAUUGGGGGUUCUACUGCUGCUGACAAUAAUCGGGGACCCAUCAAAGAGAUCGCUCUUGCUGUUUCCCUUCUUGUCUUUGGUACCCUUGCUAUUCUUCUUGGUGUUUUCAUGGCCAUCAAUAAGGUCGGCGGCGAUACUGCUCAUGGGCUGUUUUUUGCUAUACUAGGUGGAGUUCUGUUUAUACCAGGGUUCUACUAUACACGCAUUGCAUACUAUGCUUACAAGGGUUAUAAAGGUUUCUCCUUCUCCAAUAUUCCUCCCGUCUAGAGUUAUGGAUGGUGUUUAAUACGUUGUACAGCUAGGUCUUUCUAGUCAUUUACUGUGUUCUACUCUACCUAGACAAGUUUGUAAACAAAUUGAACCACUGUUGCUUCUUUUAGUGCUAAUAUGUUACCUGAGAAAUUGGAACCAUUGCUUGCUAAACUGUAUACUCCUUAAAUCAGCCUCAGUGUGGACGAUGUAAUAAAUACGAGUGCUUGUUAGUUUCUGAUGUUUUUCAAUAUAAACCCUAGCGUUUUUCUUCAAA